UGAAAACCGCGGUAGGCAUGAAAGCAGUCACUCAUCUCUUGAGUUGCAAGUCAGAUCCGAUCAUGUGCGAUUACUACUAUUAGUGUUAAUAAACUACAAUAAAACCUGAACUUAUCAUUAGUUUAAGGACACUCAGCUGAUUCGGCUUUGAUUUUUUUUUUUUGGUGAUGGCAGAACCGCAGCAACAGCUGGUUGACAUCGACCCGGAUUUUGAGCCUCUCUCCCGGCCGCGCUCAUGCACCUGGCCGCUGCACCGACCAGAGUUCAGCGAGCAGCCAAGCAACUCGAACACGUCCUCGCCGGCGCCGUCCGUCAAACCAGAGCAAGGCAUCGUGGACUUUAUCAACAGCCUAAGUUUACUAGAAGAGACCGAGGACUACCCUGACGAGAAGCCCGUGCUUUUGAACGACUUCCACUGCCAGGACAACUGCGCGCAUCCCCAGCAACAGCAUCCCCAGCAGCCGAAUCCCCAGCUGACGCACCCGCAACAGGUGCCGCCGCUCCCCGCCCCGGCCAGCGGCUCCAGCCCCGCAGCGGCCCAGAGGAAGAGCAGCUCGUCUCGUAGAAACGCAUGGGGGAAUAUGUCAUAUGCUGAUCUCAUCACCAAGGCGAUCGAGAGCUCCCCUGAGAAGCGGCUCACCCUGUCGCAGAUCUACGAGUGGAUGGUGAAGAGCGUGCCUUACUUUAAAGAUAAGGGAGACAGCAACAGCUCAGCCGGCUGGAAGAAUUCAAUAAGACACAAUCUGUCCCUGCACAGUCGCUUUGUGCGCGUCCAGAAUGAAGGAACAGGGAAAAGCUCUUGGUGGAUGCUGAACCCGGAGGGGGGAAAGAGUGGCAAAUCUCCACGCCGGCGGGCCACUUCCAUGGACAACAACAGCAAGUUCACAAAGAGCCGUGGACGAGCUGCCAAGAAAAAGAUGUCUUUGCAAGGUGGUCUAGAUGGGGGUUCAAACAGUCCUGGUUCUCAGUACCCAAAAUGGCUCGGCAGCCCUAACUCUCACAGCAAUGAUGACUUUGAACCCUGGGGCAACUUUCGUACCCGUGCCAGCUCUGAUGCCAGCACUCUCAGCGGCCGCCACUCGCCCUUCCUUCCCGAGGAAGAUGAGGCAGCAGAGGUCCACAUUGGCUACCCAGGCACCAAACUGGGUGGCCCCCUUCCUAGCCUGUCCGAAGUGGCGGGUCACCACGGUUCUGAGAAUAUGAUGGACAAUCUCUUAGACAACCUCAACCUCAUCUCACCCAAAAAUAACACCCAGGGCAGCCAAGAAGCCCAGACCGCGCUAUCCUCACCCAUGAUGCAGGGCAGCCCUGGGUACCCAUCCUACACCUCUCCAAACAUGGGUCCUCAGCCCCAAGUCCAACAGGACUACCGGAAGUGCCUGUAUGGGCAAGGUGGAGUGGGUGGACUGAAUCCCAUCGCCAUACCGACUUUAUCAGACAGUAAACCAGGAGGAUACGGGCCGUUUGUGGGUCAGUACAACUGCGCUCCAGGGCUUCUAAAAGAGUUGCUAACCACAGAAGCAGAUCCAAGAGGGGAGCUGAUGCAGUCUGGAGAAGGGCAACCGGUGCUACCGAGCUAUGCUAGUCAAGGACAGAUGGGACAAGGAGGCAAAAUGAUCGCUCAUCCUCACUUACAUGCGCACCCACGUUCACUUCAUCAAUUGCCCUCGCCAGCAAUGGGGAUGAACGGAUGUGCGAUGUUGCCUCACGGGCAUCCUGUUCGACUGAGUAGCAUGAAGCCACAACCACACCUGCCUCAUCUCACUCAUUUGGGAAGAGGCGGAGGUGAGGCCACGAUGCCAAGCUACACCAAUGGCAAUGGUUUCCACAGGCAUGGAGCGCUUGUUCACCACCAUCACAGCCACCCAGAACGGCUGCCCAGUGACUUGGACGACAUGUUGAUCGACCAGCUGGACGUGGAGUGUGAUGUAGAAAGAGUCCUUCACGACACACUCAUGGAUGGCGAUGCUUUGGAUUUCAACUUCGACCCCAUGAGCAGCCAGCAGAGUUUCACACACAGUGUCAAAACCAGCACACAUAACUGGGUAUCUGGAUAAACAUGUCAUCUGCUAUUUAAGCAUAUAAACAGCCUGGUUUGACUUCAUUAUUACAAAUGUGUGUGAAUAUAUAUGUAAAUAUGUCAGACAUAUAGCAGGUCAAUCGACGGUUGACUAAUACAGACUGAAUGCUGUAGGUCACACCAAAAGGCAACUAAUAUUCAAGAGAGAUUUCAACCUUUCGUUUUCAUAAAUUAAAACUAUUACUAGUGAAAAUAAAACUAAAGUAUGAAUUACGAAUAGUUUAAGGCCCUAUCCCAAUUCUAUUUUUGUACCCCUUCCUCUUCCCCUUGGCCCUUAAAACAGAGUGUGAAGGGGAAGGGCUUACCCCUAAGAAAUGGGACACCACUACAACACCUGCACACGUCAUCAUAUGUCAUCGCGAUCUCUUGCUUCAUAUGAGAUCGAUGAUGGCGACUGCUGUAGUAAUUCCAGCUGUGGUAUUUAUCAUCAGGAAAUCACUGAAGGCAUAUAUCAUGUUAUCAUAAUGAUGAAACGUUAAUGUGGCAAUAAGCUCAUAACUGUACUGUGCAUUUACACUGUGGCCAUUAGGGCUGUGCGAUUUGGGGAAAAUAUCUUUUGCGAUUAAUUUUAUUUUUUAUUUAUUAAUUUUUUUGACAGAUAUUGGCAGAUUUAGAUUUGAUUUAAGAUUAAAUUCAAACUUCAAGCUGAUUUUAAUUUAAUUAAAGCUUUAGCUCAAUAAUCUGUAAGACAAUUCAGCGACAGCUCUUAAAAUAUACCUGUUUUUGUUUAGUGUCUGUGACUUUGAAACCAGAAUAUUCCCAUAUUACAAAUGCUGUUUUUCUUUAAUAUUAAUUAGUCUAUUAAUGCUUCUGAAGCAGUGGCCGCCAUCAUCCCACUUGUCAGUGCUUUCCUGAUUGUUUUCUUUUUUUUUAUUAUGAGCGUAACUCAGUUGCUCAAUUCUAAUUGGGUAGAACGAAAGUGUGCUCAUUCAAUUGUCUAGUUAAAAAGCCCCGGUCAGAUCACACGAUUUCGGCACGAUUUCCUUGACGUAGGGAGUCAUUAAUGACAAAUAUAAGUCGUGACACAAGAUUCAAUCGUUUCUUCUCAUGUAAUGUGGCAUAGUUCAAGACAACUGAUACAAUGUCUUCGAUGCCUCACGACACCAUCACAGAAAGUCUAGCAUGUUUAAUUUUCUUAAGCAUAGCAGACUGGUUUUAAAGCACUUCACAUGUUAUUCAUUAUUCUUGUUUACAUAUAUAUUUUAAAUUGUAGCCUCUUGCAAUUAACUAAUCGCAACGUUUCAAAUUGCGGUUGCGAUUUGGUUUAGAUUAAUCGCACAACCCUAGUGGCCAUAUUCACAUAUGUACAUACAAGAAAACAACAUUAACGUUAUACCAGACACUGUAAAAAGUUCAUUCCCAGCCACUAGACUUUUCUGACAGGGUAUUCGAGUGUCGACAAGUGACAGAUCUGAAAGUUUGUUGUGGGACUUCUAUACAGGAGUUAUUAUUCGAGAUUAUAGAUAGCGAAAUUUAGCGUUUUGUAUUUUAAGCAUGACGGUAAAACACGAACGCGGUUAUGAAUGUAUUAAAACAUACACUUGUUUGUCGUAAAAAUUUAUAAUAAUGACAAAAACUGAUUCGAGUGAGGUCCUGAAAAAUCUCAGUUUCGAGAGCAAUCUAGCCCUUCCCCUUAGCCUAUGCCUUCAAGCUAAAGAGAAUUGGGACACCCCUACCCCUUCACGUGAACGCUCAAAACAGGGGUAGGAUAAGGGGGAGGGCUAAGGGGUGGAAUUGGGAUUGGGCCUAUUUGUGGAAGCCAUUUAGAAGCUUGCAAUUCUGACGUUAUCACAAUUGUGACUUAAUGUCUUGUAGUCGUGAUUCGAUAUCUUGGCAUUUUUAUUUAGGUUUUAGAUUUUCCAAUCCUGAAUUUGUCACAAAUGCAACUUUCUUGUAGUUGUUAUCAGUGCUUAAUUUGUAAGUGAAAAUUUCCUUGAACGAAACCAGGAAAUAAAAGUUACCGUGACCGACGUUCACCACACAAUAUCAGUUUUCCCGGAACAUGACAUCAUUAAAUGGUGAUAGCGCAAAAAAAGAGCAUCACAUUUCUGAACGGUCUUUAAAUGUUUUGUGCCAUUUAACAUUAUAAGUAAGUCAUGGUCGAUAAAAUCCAUGUAGCUACAAACAAUAAACAUAGUAGUAUAAACAAUCUCUGUUCAGUUCACUUCACUGUUAUGUGUGAAAAAUAAUAAUACAAUGACUCACUCAGUCUAAUCUUCAAGAAGAGCCCACAGUUACCUCUUCUGUCAGGUUUUCUGGCUGACUUGAGAUCGAUUUGCUUGUUUCCCGCUAUCCUGAUCCAUUCGCGCAGUUUCAUCUUCUCGACACCUCUUUUGAUCAGGCCAUUAUCAGACACUCGUGGUUUUAGAAAUGAAAAUAUGCAUGCCUCUUUGCCAUUUUGAAAAUUCAAAUAUCGGCUGUUUCUCAAUUCCAAGAAUGCAGAGAACGGACUUGCGUUCUUGUAAAGACCGGUCUUGCCAGGUCACCUCGAAAGAACGAACUCGGGAGACCGUGAGAACACAAAACGCGUCCAGUGAGAAAUGAGAUGCUGUGUUCUUCCUGAUGGCCACAUGACCUUCAUGCAUUUUUAACCGAAAAUUACUUACACAUUACAACAUUCAUACAGUUAUAUAUUGUUUUUCUCCUUUUCACAUUAUAUACUAUGCAUGAAGACCAUACAAAUAUACAUUGCACAAUACAAAUAAAACAGAUUUGAAUACGAAUUUCAACAAAUAAACAACCUUAAUGUGUUUAUGCCUUUAUUAAGAUUUGUAUGGUAAUGUUUACUUUCAACGUCUCAUUUAGGGAGACCCCCGACUGAUAAAUAAGUUAUAUUUCUGAACUUUAAUAAUAAAUCUAUAUAAAAUGCUGUGCUUCCCACCUCCAGUCACAAUGACUUCUGGGACUUCUAGAGUGAGUUCGGUGCUCAAGUCGGCACCGGUGCGUCCUCGAUAUCAAGAACGCAUUCGGGAACUUUCACUCGUCCUCUGUUCUUGCGGUCUUGAGUUUUGGAACUGAACUUUGGCGAAUGAUGACGAUGUUACACGAGAACACAAGGACAAAAGAUCGAUGAAGAACGCACAUUGAGAAACAGCCAUUAUUUAUUUUCGCUGCUCACUACGUGCGAAACAAUCACCAACCACUGAGAGUAAUUGUAAACAUAAGAAUGUGCUUGCGGUCAUUCUCUCUUUUACACACACACACACACAAACACACAAACGUAGGUAUUCACCACACACAAGUUUAUGCCGGAUCCAUUAAAAUAAAUACCAGAACACAAACACGAAUAUCUGACAUUUUCUGGAACAGGAUCCAGCAAGAUCCGGUGUCCUGACAUUUUAUCCUACCCAUCAGAUUAUGCUACCAACACUGUAUCUGAAUGGCUCUGAGGUUGGGGUUAGGGAUUAGGUAGGUAAGGGCGAUAUUACAGCUUCAUAUCACACUAAUCCACAUUAAAAUUUACACUGGUAGCAAAAUCUGAUGGGUAGCAUACUGCGUCAUCAAAAUGUGCUACCUACUUUUUAAAUGGGAGGUAGGACAACCUGACAAGGUAGGACAAAUCGACAGAACACCGGCUCAAAUUAAGCACUGAUUGUAAUUGCAUGUAUGUAACCUUUGUCAAAAGGAUUACAUUUUCUUUUGUCGCCAAAAAUCGGAAAUAUUAACUUUUAUGCCAAAAAUCAGAAUAUUAAGUAAAGAUCAUGUUCCAUGAAGAUAUUUUGUCUAUUUCAUUGUUCCACAAAUAAAUAAAAAUAAUUUCAAAUUAUACUGAGAACAUCAUUUGGACAACUUUAAAUUUUAAACCCACAGAUUCCUGAUUUUAAACAGUUUUAUCCCUACAAAAUAGUGUCUUUUCCCAAUAAAGUACAGUUUAAAUCAAUGGAAAGCUUUUUCCCAAUUCUCUUUGUGUUUUCCAGUAUAUUUAAUAUAUUUGUAUUUUUUAGAAUUUCUCUUUAUUUCUCUCAGUUAUAAUAGGGACAUUUAUUCUAUUUAUUUUGACAAAUUUCUCUACUCUCUCUGAAUUAUGUGCAUACACCUCAUAAACUGUUUACCUCAGCCAGAAUUAAUCAGCAGAGGCCAGCGAAUUGUCAUUACUGAUUUACAGUACAUUGUUCCAGUAGACUCCAUGAUAGUCCAUGAUAGCCUGGCGUAUCAAAAAUAACCAUGUCAGACACUCACAAACAUGACUCUUUUUUUUUUUUUUAAGUUUGUCUGUAAAUUUGCCACUGUAGGUCACUAAGAUAUAUUCAGGGCAGAACUGUGUGUCAUGUCUACUGGAGUACUGUGUAACGUCUGGUGUAGUGUACAUUAUAGUUAUUGUCAUUUCAGGGUGCUGAAUGAAUGCGUUUUUGUACAGAGAUGUAUAUUUUUGUUGUACUGAUGGGAUGGUAAAUGAAAUGUUUAUAUUUGUACAUUUGUAAGCUUCUUGCUACUUCUUUGAAAUGCUAUCAAAAAACCCACCCCAGAUUUGAAAGGUGUAAAACAAUCUUUUCCUUGUGGCCUUGUUUGCUGUAUAUAUCAGACAGAUUUUCUCAAACUGCUGGAUGGAAUUAUUUGAAUGUACAGUAGAUAAUAAUACACUACCUGAUAAAAGUUUGGCGUCGAUCCCAGUUGUAAGAGCAACAAAUAAUAACUUGACUUGCAAGUUGAUCAUUUGGAAAAGUGGUUGAACUGGAAAAGAAGUUGAAGUGCCUCCUAUAAUCAUAACAAAAACUGCAGAAGACCUAUUAAAAACCUGAAUGGACCCAAGAUUCUCAUAGAUAUCAGUCAAGUUUGGUGAAGGAAAAAUCAUGGUUUGGGGUUACAUUCGGUUUGGGGGUAUGCGAGAGAUCUGCAGAGUAAAUGGCAACAUCAACAGCCUGAGGUAUCAAGACAUUUGUGCUGCCCAUUACAUUACAAACCACAGGAGAGGGCAAAUUCUUCAGCAGGACAGUGCUCCUCAUACUUCAGCCUCCACCUCAAAGUUCCUGAAAGCAAAGAAGGUCAAUGUGUUCCAGGAUUGGCCAGCCCAGUCACCAGACAUGAACAUUAUUGAGCAUGUCUGGGGUAAGAUGAAGGUGGAGGCAUUGAGGAUGAAUCCAAAGAAUCUUGAUGAGUUCUGGGAGUCCUGCAAGAACUCUUUCUUUUUCAUUCCAGAUGACUUUAUUAAUAAGUUAUUUGAGUCAUUGCAGAGAUGUAUGGAUGCAGUCGUCCUUACUGUCCUAAUUAAAUAAUAAAAAAAUCAAGACAUGAUCAUAUUUUAUUUUGGUAAAAUAAGUGUAAUCUAGAGGCCUUUGUCUUUAAUUUAAGCCACUUCUGAUACCAAAUGAUCACCAAGAAGUCAAGUUAUUAUCUGCUGUUCCUAAAACUUGGAUAGGCGACAAAACUUUCAUCAGGUAGUACUUUGUGCCUUCUCCUCAGAAACUGGCAUUUUGGGUUGCCAAGUAAGUCUAUUUCUGAUCAGCUGAGAUAUAUAUAUAUGAGCAGAAUGUUAUAGUAAACGACAUCUGAUUUUUUUUAAUAACAUGGUAUGGUUAAUUCAAGUAUAACCCUAAGAAAAUCUCAUGAUAUUCAUGAUUCGAGAAUAAUAUUUGUAAAUCAAUUAAUGAAACCCUAGAAAAUAUGUUUAAACCUUUUUUUUUAAAUAAUGAUGGUUUUCCCUGCCAUUUUUCAUAUUUUUAUUACCUACUGACCGCAAUGGUGAAAUUGAACAAAUCGAAAAUGACCAGAAGGCACUUUUACUUAAGACUAAUUUAGCUUUUAUCUGAGGAUGUCCAGUUAAAGGCCUCAAUAAAAUGUUGCAACAUUUAUGUAUUUGACGGUGAUAAUAGAAUGAUUGUGUAAUUUAUAA